AUCAAAGAGAAAUUUAUAGAAUACGAGAAUAUAAUGACAGAAAUAAAAAAUUUGCCGGAUUACCACGUAGUCGGUCCACUUCACAUUAAUAUGGAUAAAUUAAAAUUAGCGUUUUACGUUGAAGCAAGUGCUUGGAAGAAAUCAUUGGGCGUCGUUUUGUCAAACAGAUACAAGGAAAAGCUGCAGAAUGUAACAGAAUAUAUUCAAGGGAAAAACAAGAUCUUGUCUAGGAAUAUUAAAGAUUUAGAAGACGUCAGGGUUGCGAUGAAAUGUUUGGGAGUGAUACGGAAUGAGUUUAUACCGUUAGACAUGGAACUGAUUCUAAUCGAAGAGACUUAUACGAUGAUGGGAAAAUUCAACGUCGAUGUAUCAAAGGAGGAGCAAGAUAUAGUAGACGGACUAAGAUAUAACUUCAGCAACAUGCUCCAUACGGCGAAAAGAGUUCAAGCGGUUAUAUGUGAAAUGCAAGAGCCGUUGAGAAAGGAACUUGUCGAAGGGGUUGCAGUUCUCAAACAGAAUGUGAUCGAAUUUGACAUUGAUUUCGAGCUCAAUGGUCCAAUGGUCGAAGGAAUACCUGCAAAAGAAGCCAGUGAACGGCUCAUCCUGUUUCAAGCGCAUUUCGAAGAAUUGUGGGAAAGGUAUGAGACUUACAGCAGUGGCGAGAGUUUAUUCGGCAUGGAGGUAACGGAGUAUCCAGCUCUUCAACAGAGAAAGAAAGAGAUUAAUUUAUUGCAGAAGUUAUACACAUUGUACCUGCAAGUUAUGCGCACCAUCGACAACUACUAUGAUAUUCCAUGGACCGAACUUGAUAUAGAGUCUAUUGUGAGCGAGUUGGCCGAGUUCCAAAACAAAUGCCGAAGAUUACCUAAAGCCAUGAGAGAUUGGCCGGCGUAUAUCGAUCUGAAGAAAAAGAUCGACGAUUUUAACGAGAUGUGUCCAUUAUUGGAGAUGAUGGCGAACAAAGCUAUGAAAGAGAGACACUGGGAAAGAAUGUCUAAACUGUGUAAAUAUUUCUUCGACGUGGAGUCAGUAACAUUUACCUUGGCACACAUUAUGCAAGCACCUCUAUUGAAGUACAAAGAUGACGUGGAGGAAAUAUGCAUUAGUGCGGUGAAGGAACAAGAUAUCGAAAUCAAACUGAGGCAGGUGAUUGCAGAUUGGACUGUUGUAAAUCUGCAAUUUGCCAACUUCAAGCAGAGAGGCGAACUAUUGCUGAAGGGCGCUGAAACAGCUGAGAUAAUAGCGCAACUCGAAGACAGUUUGAUGAUCAUAAGUUCUCUGCUAGCAAAUCGUUACAACGCACCGUUCAAAAAAGAGAUUCAGUUGUGGCAGACUAAACUCAGCAACACGUCAGAAAUAUUAGCGAAAUGGUUGACCGUGCAGAAUCUAUGGGCUUAUUUGGAAGCGGUGUUUAUCGGCGGUGACAUAUCGAAGCAAUUGCCCACUGAAGCGAAGCGUUUCAAUACCAUCGAUAAAGCCUGGGUCAAACUCAUGCUUCGCGCUCAUGAGAAAUUGAACGCGGUCGAGACGUGUACCGGGGAUGAAACCAUGAGUCAAUUUUUACCUCAUUUGCUGGAGCAAUUAGAGUCGUGCCAGAAAUCUCUCAGCGGCUAUCUGGAAACCAAGCGUGCGAUUUUCCCGAGAUUCUGCUUCAUAUCGGAUCCUACUUUGCUAGAGAUACUUGGCCAAGCGUCCGACUGCCAUACGAUACAAAAUUAUCUCGAUGGAUUUUUCGAUAAUAUUGCAAAGCUGAGCUUCUGCGAAAAAGAAUAUGAGAAAAUCUUAGCGAUGCAUUCGCGAGAAGAGGAGGAAAUAGUGUUGGAGAAAGAAGUCGUGUGUACAGGAGGUGUAGAGAAUUGGUUGAACACUUUGUUAACAGUCCAUCAGCAAUCCGUCGGUGCUGUAAUAUCAUCGGGAUUGCAGUCGCUUUACACAGCCGAAUUUGAUAUUUUAUCACUAAUAGAGAAUUCUGUUUUGCAAGUCGGCUUGUUAGCGUUGCAAAUUUUAUGGACGCGCGAUUCUGAAAUAGCGGUAACGUUGGCCAAACGCGACAAGACGAUAAUGAAACGAACUAAUCAGUGGUUUCUAGACUUGCUCAAUAGUCUUAUAGAAGCGACCGUCAGAGAUCUUACGAAGUACGCCAGAGUGAAGUACGAAGCUUUGAUAACGAUACACGUGCACCAGAGAGACAUAUUCGACGAGUUGUGUCGUCUGAGAAUACGAAGCAUACACGACUUCGAAUGGUUGAAGCAGUGUCGGUUCUAUUACAAUGACGACACGGAGGAAGUUCUGAUCAGGAUAACCGACGUGGAAUUCGUUUAUCAAAAUGAAUUUCUGGGUUGUACAGAUCGGCUCGCGAUCACACCGCUCACUGACAGAUGUUACAUAACUCUCGCGCAGGCUGUGGGUAUGAACUUUGGCGGAGCUCCAGCGGGCCCGGCCGGCACGGGUAAAACGGAAACAACGAAGGACAUGGGGAAAGCGUUGGGAAAAUACGUGGUUGUUUUUAAUUGCUCCGAUCAAAUGGAUUUCCGAGGUUUAGGCAGGAUAUUUAAGGGUCUCGCGCAGUCCGGCUCUUGGGGAUGUUUCGACGAAUUUAAUCGAAUCGAUCUACCGGUAUUGUCCGUUGCCGCGCAACAAAUAGCGAUUGUGCUUAACGCGCGAAAAGAACGGAAGCUGAGCUUCUUAUUCAGCGAUGGCGAAACGUAUAAACUCAAUUAUGAAUUUGGGAUAUUUAUUACAAUGAAUCCCGGAUACGCCGGGCGGCAAGAAUUGCCGGAAAAUUUGAAAAUACAGUUCAGAAGCGUCGCCAUGAUGGUUCCCGAUAGACAAAUUAUAAUGCGAGUAAAACUCGCGGCGUGCGGCUUCAAAGAGAAUGUGGUAUUAUCGCGGAAAUUUUUCACUUUGUACAAAUUAUGCGAGGAGCAACUUAGCAAACAAGUGCAUUACGACUUUGGAUUGAGAAAUAUUUUAUCGUGUCUGCGGACAUUCGGCGCUCAGAAACGAGCUCAUCCUACCGAUUCCGAGGAGAGGACGCUUAUGAGAGUGUUGCGAGACAUGAAUCUGUCCAAAUUGGUAGACGAAGAUGAGCCGCUGUUUAUGUCACUCAUCGAAGACAUGUUCCCGGGAAUAAAGUUAAUGACUCAGACGUACAAGGAAUUACAGAAAGGAAUAGCUAACGCUACGGUGGUCCUUGGCAUAACGAAUCAUAGCGAGUGGAACUUGAAAACCGUGCAGUUGUACGAGACGUCGCUCGUUCGACACGGUCUGAUGGUUCUCGGACCGACAGGAUCCGGCAAAACGCGAUGUAUGUGGGCGUUAAUGAGAGCUCUAACGGAGAUGGGCAUACCGCACAAAGAAAUUAGGCUGAAUCCAAAGGCGAUAACUGCGUCCCAAAUGUUCGGAAGGCUCGAUGUCGCGACGAACGAUUGGACCGAUGGUAUAUUUUCCACUAUAUGGCGCAGAUCGACGCAAACGAAGAAGACGGAAAAUCUAUGGAUGGUGUUGGACGGCCCGGUCGACGCGGUAUGGAUCGAGAAUCUAAAUUCGGUUCUGGACGACAAUAAAACGUUAACGUUGGCGAACGGUGAUCGCAUAAUAAUGGCGUCGAAUACCAAGCUGGUGUUUGAGCCUGACAAUGUGGACAAUGCGUCACCGGCGACGAUAUCGCGCAUGGGGAUGGUCUUUGUCAGUGCUUCCGUAUUAAAGUGGACUUCAAUUUUAGAGGCUUGGCUCAGAAAAUGCUCCCCCAACGAGGCUGAUAUAUUACGGAUAUUAUUCCACAAAAUAUACGGAGACGCGCACACAUUUGUCCAAACAAAGCUGCAGACGAAAAUGACGCUUUUAGAAGCGCUCUACAUUCGGCAAUGUAUCGAUCUAUUGGAAGGUCUGAACGUUGGGAAUUCCGAUCCGACUAUAUUACCUGAGCAUCAUAUCGAGAAGCUUUUCCUUUUUUCUCUUAUGUGGAGUUUGGGUGCGGUACUGGAAUUCGACGCACGGUCAGCGUUACAGGAAUUUUUUGUAAAUCACGAGUCACAUUGUAACUGGCCCAAAUAUACGGUUCGUGAAGAUGAAACUAUUUUCGAGUAUCUCGUGUCCGACGACGGGGAAUGGAUACAUUGGAACGAAAUGGUGCCAAAAUUUGAAUAUCCGUCGGAUCGUGUCCUAGAAUACCACACUAUUCUCGUUCCUAAUGUCGACAAUACGAGGACUUUAUUUUUGCUGGACAUUAUAGCGAAACAAGGGAAAGCAGUAUUAUUGAUAGGCGAACAGGGUACCGCAAAAACUGUCAUGAUAGAAAGCUAUAUGUCUAAGCAUGACCCCGAAUACCAUUUAAACAAGUCGUUUAACUUUUCUUCAGCGUCCACGCCCAACAUGGUUCAGCGAGUAUUCGAGAGCUAUGUAGAAAAGCGAGUAGGCACCACUUAUGGACCUCCUGGCGGCCGAAAGAUGACUAUUUUCAUCGAUGAUAUAAAUAUGCCGGCUAUAAACGAGUGGGGCGAUCAAAUCACGAACGAAGUCGUGCGUCAGCUGAUGGAAUACGGAGGAUUUUACUCGCUGGACAAACCGGGUGACUUCAGCACUAUACAGGAUACCAUGUUCCUCGCGGCGAUGAUUCAUCCGGGUGGAGGGCGGAACGAUAUCCCGGCGCGAUUGAAACGGCAGUUCAGUAUCUUUAAUUGCACACUACCGUCCAACAAGUCAAUGGAUACGAUCUUUAGUGCCAUUGGCCAAGGCUACUUUUGCACCAUGAGAUUCUCCGAGAGGAUCGUCGAAUUCUUGCCGAAGCUCAUACCGCUGACCCGAUUACUGUGGCAGCAAACCAAAGUGAAGAUGUUACCGACUCCGGCUAAGUUCCAUUACGUUUUCAAUUUGCGCGACCUAUCGCGCAUCUGGGAGGGAAUACUCCGGAUAGAAAGGGCUGAGUGCGAGUCUAUAACGAGCCUGCUGAAAUUGUGGGAGCACGAAUGCACGCGUGUCAUAGCGGAUCGCUUUAUCACCGCCAGCGAAAGAGAAUGGUUUCAGAAUUCGCUAAGACGCGCCGCGGAGAGGAUGCUGGGUCCGGACUUUGAACAUUAUUCUCCAGUCGAGACAUACUUCGUCAACUUUCUGCGUGAACCGCCGGAACCGACGGGUGACGAGCCGGAAGAUUUCGUAUUCGAGGCACCAAAGAUUUACGAAGAGAUACCGAGUUACGAGAUUGUCAUCACCAAAGUCCAGCAAAAUAUGGAACAGUUUAAUGAAUAUGUACGUGGCAUGCGUCUUGAUCUGGUCUUUUUCCACGAUGCUUUGGUGCACUUGAUACGAAUAUCGAGAAUACUUGGAGUUCCCAGAGGCAAUGCGAUGCUUGUGGGAGUGGGAGGAUCUGGCAAGCAGAGCCUGACACGAUUGGCAUCCUUUAUCGCAGGCUUUAACUUCUUCCAGAUAACAUUAUCUAGGAUUUAUAACGUAGCCAGUUUGAUGGACGAUUUACGAAAAUUGUAUCGCACGGCCGGCACGGGGAGCAAAGGCCUCACUUUCAUUUUCACCGAAAAUGAAAUAAAGGACGAAGCAUUUUUGGAAUAUAUCAACAACAUGCUGAGCAUUGGAGAGGUGGCCAAUCUCUUCCCGAAGGACGAGUUGGAUGAUAUUCUGACUGCCGUCACGCCGCUAAUGAAGAAAGACGAUCCUCGACGUCCUCCGACCCAAGACAACCUUUACGAUUAUUUCAUAUCGCGAGCGAGAAACAACUUGCACAUUGUUCUGUGCUUCUCGCCAGUUGGUGAAAAGUUUCGAUCUCGAGCAUUAAAAUUUCCCGGUCUUAUAUCCGGUUGCACGCUGAAUUGGUUUUCACGAUGGCCUAGGGAUGCAUUAUACGCGGUCGGUGAGCAUUUCUUGAGGAAAUAUAAAGUUAUAUGCAGCCCGGAAGUGAAACACCAAUUAAUGCAAGUUGUGGGCGAUAUUCAAGAUGACGUAAACGACAUUUGUACAGAAUAUUUCGAUAGGUUUCGACGUCAAGUGUACGUGACUCCAAGAUCGUUUUUGACGUUCAUCGCCAGCUACAAGACGUUUUACAAGCAACACUUGGACAACAUUGAUACACUUUCGAUGCGUAUGAGCAACGGUUUAAACAAAUUGACCGAUGCUGCAGCUCAAGUGGACUUGCUGCGAAAGGAAUUGGAGAGAAAUCAAGAGGAGAUCGCGAUAAAGAACGUUCGAGUAGAAACAAUUUUAGUUGACGUUGACGAGAAGAAGAAAGCAGCCGAGGGCGUAAAAGCAAAGGUGCAAGUAUCGAAAGACGAAGCGGAAGCAAUUCUGAAAGUGAUAGCAAAGGAAAAAGCGAUAGCGGAGCAGAAGUUGAAAGCUGCGGAGCCUGCAUUGUUAGAAGCUGAAGCUGCGUUACAAACUAUCAAAGCAGUGGAUAUUGCCACUGUUCGCAAAUUGAGUAAACCGCCAUACUUAAUUACACUCAUAAUGGACUGCGUUCUAAUCUUAUUCGGGAGGAAACUGGAGCCGGUCAAGCCUGAUUACGAGCAUCAGUUCUUGACAGCCUCGUGGUCGGAAGCAUUGAAGGUUAUGGCUGAUACUAGAUUUUUGCAUAAUUUACAACAUUUUCCAAAGGAUAACAUUAAUGCCGAAACUGUCGACUUGAUGUUGCCGUACUUAAAUUUUCAUAUGUACACUUAUGAAGCCGCGAAACAAGCUUGCGGGAAUGUGGCGGGUCUCAUACAGUGGACCAUCUCUAUGGUUACUUUUUAUGGAAUAAAUAAAGAUGUGCUGCCUCUAAAGGCGAAUCUUCUCGUUCAAGAAAAUAAGUAUGAGAAAGCUAACAGGAAUUUACUCGAAGCGGAAGACUUAUUGAAGGAAAAGGACGACGAGCUGAAAUUGGUGCAGAUUGAAUUCGACGCCGUGUUGCAGGAACGACAAAUAAUAGUCGACCAAGCCGCAGCGUGUCAAGCGAAAAUGAAUAUCGCGUCCGCUAUGAUCGAAGGACUGUCUGAAGAAAAAAUUAGAUGGACGGAGCAAGUGGCAAUGUUUAAGUCAGAAAUAGAUCGUCUUGUCGGUGAUAUGUUGGUGCUGACUGCGUUCCUCUCUUAUUGCGGUCCCUUCAAUCAGGAAUUCCGAGUCCUUUUGCAGAGGAAGUGGUUCGAUUUUAUACAGGAAAGAAAAAUCCCAAUCUCCGUUAUCAUAAAUGUCGUUGCUAUAUUGACAGAUACGGCUACGAUUGGCGACUGGAAUCUUCAAGGAUUACCGACGGACGAACUGUCGCUUCAGAACGCUAUAAUCGUAACGAAAGCAUUGAGGUAUCCACUUUUGAUCGAUCCACAAUUACAAGGCAAAGCAUGGAUUAAAAAUAAGGAAAAAGAUCUUUCUUUACAGGUAACAUGGUUAACGCAUAAGUACUUCAGAAAUCAUUUAGAAGAUUCUAUAUCGAUUGGACGACCGUUGUUGAUACAAGACGUAGGAGAAGAAAUAGAUCCAAUAUUGGACAAUUUGCUGGAAAAGAAUUUUAUAAAAAUAGGAACUUCUUUAAAGGUGAAAUUAGGCGACAAAGAAGUGGAUAUCAGCAAAGAUUUUAGGCUUUAUAUUACAACGAAAUUACCAAAUCCUUCCUACACCCCAGAAGUAUUUGCUCACACAUCUAUAAUCGAUUUCACUGUCACGAUGAAAGGUUUGGAAGAUCAACUUUUAGGAAGAGUUAUUCUAAUGGAAAAAAAAGAGUUGGAAACGGAGAAAACGCAAUUAAUUGCCGAUGUAGCAGCAAACAAUAGGAAAAUUAAAGAAUUAGAAGCGAAUCUUCUUCAUAAAUUGGCAACUGUACAAGGUCCUUUGAUAGAAGAUCUUGAACUAAUGUCGGUAUUAAAUACCACGAAGCAGACAGCGGCGGAAGUGAACGAAAAGUUGAGUAUCGCGAGAGAUACGGAGUUGAAGAUCGAUAUAGCACGCGAAGAAUUCCGACCGGUUGCGACACGCGGUAGCGUUUUGUAUUUCUUGAUAUGCGAUAUGCCGCAUGUCAACUGCAUGUACCAAACAUCCCUCGUUCAAUUUUUAGAACGAUUCGAUAUCUCCAUGAUUAGAUCCGAGAAGAGUCCGGUCAAUCAAAGAAGGAUCAAUUACAUCAUCGAAUACUUGACAUACGAGAUAUUCAAGUACAAGUCACGCGGCCUUUACGAGAUACACAAGUACAUGUUUAUUCUGCUGAUGACGUUGAAGAUCGAUCUGCAACGCGGUAACAUCACGCACGAAGAAUUCCAGUAUUUCAUUAAAGGCGGCGCCGCGCUUGACCUAAAGGCCGUCGAGCCGAAACCUUGCAAAUGGAUCACGGAUGUGACGUGGCUUAAUUUAGUGGCACUCUCGUCAUUACUGCAGUUUCAGUAUAUCGUGUCUCAAGUACCCGCCUCCGAGAAAGUUUGGAAGCAUUGGUUCGACAAAGAGGCGCCGGAGGAGGAAGUUAUACCGGACGGUUAUAACACCCUCGACACAUUUCGCCGCUUGCUCUUAAUAAGAGCCUGGUGCAUGGACAGAGCGCUGUCGCAAUCCAGAAAAUACAUAGCGUCUUCCUUGGGUGCGAGGUACGCCGAACCCGUAAUCACGCUGUUGGACGUGAUGCAUAGCGAGUCGAGGCCGAACACACCGAUGAUCUGUUUCUUAAGCAUGGGUUCGGAUCCUACACCCAGUAUCGAGCAACUCGCCAAAAGAAUGGAGAUCGUUUGUAAAAGUAUAUCGAUGGGACAGGGUCAAGAAGUUCACGCUCGUCGACUACUUAGCAGCGCGAAAACUGAAGGUUUCUGGGCUCUAUUGCAAAAUUGUCACUUAGGCUUGGAGUAUAUGAUUGAAUUGGCGAACUUUAUCUUGGAAAUGGAAGCGCCUCAUCCGAAUUUCCGCGUGUGGAUCACAACGGAAUCGCAUAAAGAUUUUCCUGUCUCCUUACUGCAAAUGUCUAUAAAGUAUACCUAUGAAGCCCCGCAAGGGGUGCGCGCAGGUUUAUUGGCGACGUAUAGCGGCAUGAAUCAGGAAAUGCUGGAUCAAUGCGACGCCGCACAAUACAUACCUCUAAUAUACACCGUGUCUUUUUUACACACCGUCGUCCAGGAAAGACGGAAGUUCGGCCCUCUGGGAUGGAACAUACCGUACGAAUUUAAUUUGGCGGAUUGGUUGGCAUCCUGCAUGUUCAUAAAUAAUCAUUUGAACGACUACGAUUCGAAGCGUGGGAUAAGUUGGCAAACCGUGCGUUACAUGAUAGGCGAAGUGCAAUAUGGCGGUCGCGUUACCGACGAUUACGAUAAGAGGUUGUUGAAUACAUUUGCAAAAGUGUGGUUCGCGGACGCGCUUUUUGCGGAAGGUUUCGUUUUUCACAAGAGCUACCCGCUUUUGAUAUUUAAGCAAGUAAGCGACUAUCUGAAGGCGAUAGACGCCAUGAGCACCGUAGACCCGCCGCAAGUGUACGGUCUGCAUUCGAACGCAGAUAUCACGUAUCAGAGUAACACCACACAGACGGUGCUGAAUAUGAUAAUAUCCGUGCAGCCGAAAGAAGCGGGUGUCGCUGGCGCGGAAUCUCGAGAGGUGGUUGUCGCCAGACAGGCGAAGGAACUGUUGGAGAAAGUCCCGCGGGUGUACGAUAUGUUUGAAGUAAAAGAGAGAUUACAUGCGAUGGGACACACCGCUCCGAUGAACAUCUUCUUGAGACAAGAGAUCGAUAGGAUACAAGUGGUUAUAAAAUUGCUACGCGUCUCGCUGAGGGAUCUUCUCCUGGCUAUUGACGGUGUGAUUAUAAUGAGCGAGGAAUCUCGAGACGUACUCGAUAGCAUAUACGAUGCCAGGAUACCGAAGACAUGGAAAGCUCGAUCGUGGGAAUCGUCUUCGUUAGGAUUCUGGUUCACGGAGCUGUUAGAGCGAAACCAACAGCUAUCGAUUUGGCUAUCGAGCGGGAGACCGGCGAAAUUUUGGAUGACCGGGUUCUUCAAUCCGCAAGGAUUUUUGACGGCGAUGAAACAAGAGAUAACGCGAGCUCGAAAAGGUUGGACGCUGGAUAAUGUUACUCUUCAUAAUGAAGUUUUACGCAACAUGGCGGAGGAAAUUAAGACACCACCUCCCGAAGGCGUUUACGUGUAUGGGCUGUUUCUGGAAGGUGCCGGAUGGGACAGACGAAAUAACCGUUUGUGCGAAUCAGCAAAUAAAGUGCUCUAUGUGUUGAUGCCAGUGAUUCAUAUUUUCGCUUUAUACAACGCUCCGGACAAGAGCCCAAAAUUGUACCAAUGUCCCGUAUAUAAGAAACCUAUGAGGACUUACACGUUGUUGAUAACACCGCUUUGGCUGCAAACUUUAAAAAACCCUGAACAUUGGAUAUUACGCGGUGUCGCGCUAUUGUGCGACAAUAAAUAA